GGUAGGGGAAGAAGAGAGAGUGCAAUAGUGCAUGACUUAACUCAUUUCUUUUAGCCGGGACAGCCCAUUAAAAAAAUGAUCUUCAAGACGUGCUUGAUCUUGCUAGCUUCACUGGCUGCAAUUUCAGAUUCUUCACCGGAAGAGCAUCAGGCACUCUAUGUGAUUCACAUGGACCGGCAGGCCACGAAGAUGACGACAUUCUCGAGUUCCUUUCGCACUCCCCGGAGAUGGUACGAGGAUGUUCUCAGCUCAGUCACUACUCAGUUCUCUGCUGCUUCCCGAUCACCGCCACCUGAGUUGCUCUAUGUUUAUGAAACUGCCCUUAACGGCUUCGCCGCAAAGCUCUCCAGCAGCCAACUUGAAUCACUGAAGCGGAUCAAUGGCUUCAUAUCUGCCAUCCCGGAUGAAAUCCUGACCCUCCACACCACACAUUCGCCUUGUUUCCUCGGUCUUAGGAACGGGAAAGGUCUCUGGACAGCCCGAGCAUUAGCCUCUGAUGUGAUAGUAGGGGUCGUGGAUACUGGAAUAUGGCCCGAGCACGCGAGCUUCCGUGAUGAUGGAAUGACCUCUUUGCCCUCUCGUUGGAAAGGCACGUGUGAGGCGGGAACACAUUUCGCCCCAUCAAACUGCAACAACAAGCUCAUAGGAGCAAGGAUCUUUUACAAAGGAUACGAGGCCAUUGUGGGAAGAAUCAAUUGGGACGAGGAGUAUAAGUCUCCCCGGGAUUCGCAAGGGCACGGAACGCAUACCGCUUCCACCAUAGCGGGGGAUGUUGUGAGAGGAGCAAGCCUCCUAGGCUUGGCGAACGGCUCGGCUGUUGGUAUGAAAUACACAUCAAGAAUUGCAGCAUACAAAGCUUGUUACUUACUAGGCUGCUCAAGCACUGAUGUCUUAGCUGCCAUAGAUCAAGCUGUUCUAGAUGGAGUCAAUGUCAUAUCCCUCUCAUUGGGAGGCUUAUUACCAAAACCGUUUUACACCGAUAACAUUGCAAUAGCUUCAUUCGGAGCGAUCCAGAAAGGGGUCUUUAUAUGCACAUCAGCAGGGAAUUCAGGGCCAUUGGAUUCAAGUGUUGGCAACACUGCACCGUGGAUCAUGACCGUCGCUGCUAGCUCCAUCGACCGAAGCUUCCCUGCCAUUGUUGAGCUUGGCAAUGGAAACAUUCUUCGCGGGCAAUCAUUGUACUCUGGCAAGCCUACAAAGCUGCUUCCACUAGUUUAUGGGAAAGGUCGAAAUGGUGCAGAAUUUUGCAUCAAUGGAUCCCUGUCUUCAAGGCAGGUUAAGGGAAGGAUUGUGGUUUGUGAAAGGGGAAGCAAUGGCAAAGCUGAAAAAGGAGAAGUGGUGAAAAGAGCUAGAGGAAGUGGGAUGAUAAUCCUAAAUAGAGAAACAGAUGGGGAAGAGGUUUAUGCAGAUCCACCCCUGUUGCCAGCCACUGGUUUGGGAGCUUCACCGGCCAUUGCUAUAAAACAAUACAUUAAUAACACUAAUAAAUCAACAAAAACUGCAACUGCUUCCAUUAAAUUUUUAGGCACGGUUUAUGGGAACCGGGCCCCAGUUAUGGCUUCAUUUUCAUCUAGAGGGCCCAGUGUGGUUUCCCCAGAGAUCAUCAAGCCCGACGUAACGGCACCCGGGGUCCACAUUUUGGCAGCCUGGCCCGCGAAUGUCGGGCCCACAUUGCUCAAGAAUGACACGAGGAGUGUCGAAUUCAACGUCCUUUCGGGGACUUCUAUGUCUUGCCCUCAUGUUACUGGCUUAGCCACCCUUCUAAAAUCUGUCCACACAAACUGGUCGCCCGCCGCAAUAAAGUCCGCUAUAAUGACUACCGCUUAUACCCUUGAUAAUAGGGGAGCCCCCAUAACAGAUUCUGUUGCGGGGAACUCCACGUCAGCUACCCCUUUCGUCUUCGGGUCUGGCCACGUGGACCCUGAAAGGGCAGCUGAUCCCGGCUUAGUUUAUGACAUUUCAACCCAAGAUUACCUCAACUAUUUAUGCGGGCUGAACUAUGAUUCUACCCAAAUUACACUUGUUUCCCGAAGAAAAUUCACUUGUCCGACAGGGAAAAUUCCUCACCCCGGUGAUCUAAACUACCCGUCUUUUGCAGUGAAUUUUUACGGCGGUAAUUCCAGCUACUCUUUCAAACGGGUCGUGACGAACGUUGGGACUCCUAGAAGCGUCUACGCCGUUUAUAUUACGGAACCGGCUGGAGUGUCGGUGGUGGUGAAGCCUAGAGUGUUGAAGUUUAAGAAGUUGGGGGAGAAAAUGAGUUAUAGUGUUAAGUUUGGAAGACGUGGUGGGGGUGACCAUCACUCAUUUGGAUCCCUGGUUUGGAAGUCAACAAAGUAUGCUGUUAGAAGUCCCAUUGCAGUCACCUGGCUAUAGAUUGUAUGAAGAUUGUACGAUUCAUUUCAAAUUAAUUUAUUUCAUUUUAAAUUAUCAAAGUUUAUGAAAUCUGUAACUAUGGGAGACUUAGAAUAUAGUUUAACAAGUUUACAACUCUAACUAGAGUUGUAAGCACAACUAAAAAAAAUAUUCAUUCGUCACUUUUAUCAAUUUAUAUAUAUGCUUUUGAUAGGUUG